UACGACCGAAACAUUUUGAAUUUCAUAAGCUGUCCGCAACAGAAUGGGAUUAAACAGACUGAUACUAUUAUUAACAUGGAUUGGAGCGGUGCAUUCAUUUUACCGUAAUGCAGCAUGUGAUACAAACCCGUGCCAACAUGAUGGUACGUGUGUAAUACAAGGAACAGAUGGCUAUGUAUGUCAAUGUAAAGGGAACUGGCAUGGACUAACUUGUGGAGAAUUUCAGUGUCCAGUCUAUACUUGUUCUACUCAACUCCCGUUUACCUCAUGUGCUAUAGCUCCAUGUGACGUACAGACCUGUCCAAAUUACAAAAGCGCAUUUUGUUGUAACAAUUAUUGUGGUGGAUGCAAUGCAUUUUUCUAUACCGGCGGAAAGGGAAUAAAAAUACCUUCGGCACAAUGUGGAUCAACACAAGUAACACAAGUUUCGACAGAUCCAUGUAAACCUAAUCCAUGUCACAACUAUGGAUUAUGUAUUAAGAAGGAUUACACUUUCGAAUGUAAAUGUCCAGUUGGCUGGAUAGGACCAACUUGUUUAGGAUUACAACCAGAAGAAAAGAAUUACUGCUGGCCUAACCCAUGUAAAAACGGGGGAGUGUGUUACCAACAAUUUAAAAAAGACAGAUUUAAAGAGGACGGUUACAGCUGUGUUUGUUUGGGUGGUUACAAAGGCAUAAACUGCGACCAAUCUAGUAACCCAUGUGAUCCCAAUCCUUGUAACCAUGGUGGAGUAUGUACUAAGACAGGUGAUAGUACUUAUACAUGUACCUGCACGUCUGGAUACGGUGGUAAAACGUGCAAUGAUAUCGCAAACCCCUGUGACCCUAACCCGUGUAAACAUGGUUUUUGUGUAGGAUCAACUGAUACCGGUGCCUAUACAUGUAUUUGUCCAAAAGGUUAUUAUGGUCAACUAUGUGAAUGGAAUCCAUGCAACCCAUAUAAUCCAUGUAAAAAUGGCGAACAGCAGAAGGUCAGCAAUAGGUCUUGGAAUCCAUGCAACCCAUAUAACCCAUGUAAAAAUGGCGGUACUUGUCACACUGAUGGUACCAACUGGUCCUGUAAAUGCCCCAAGAGAUACUGCGGCUCGGAAUGCUCAGAGGAAAAGAAGUGUCCAGUAAUACCAGUCGGUACUGCCGGUACUUGUGACGAGAAAUGUAGUAGUGACGACACGUGUCCUGCGGGACAACUGUGCUGCUCUAACGGAUGUGGACACCAAUGUAUGGGAGUAGCUCUAGCAUCACCAGGUUCCUGUGAUUACAACCAAUGUGCUAAUGGUGGCACGUGUAUUUAUUCUAGUGGUACAUACUCGUGUAAAUGUCCACAAGGAUACUCCGGAAUCCUCUGUGAUAUAUCCAACAAUCCAUGUGACCCAAAUCCAUGUAAACACGGCGGGAAUUGUUAUACAUCCGGGCAAGGAACUAGCUAUUUCUGUGAAUGUGCAUCUGAUUACUAUGGAAACAACUGUGAAACUUAUAAUGAUCCAUGCAGUUCAAACCCUUGUAAUAACGAUGGAAGCUGUCAGCGUGAUGGAAUAUACUACACAUGUACAUGUAAAACAGGUUACACAGGUCCGAGAUGCUCUGGAGAGAUAAAUUCAUGUUCUACUCAACCAUGUAAAAACGGUGGCACAUGUCAUACACAUGGAGCAGAUUACUACUGUACAUGUAAAGAAGGUUAUAAUGGAAUAACAUGUAACGAUGUUGUCGAUUCUUGCUAUCCAAAUCCAUGUAGAAAUGGCGGUACCUGUACCCGAAAGCCAUUUAAUGAGUUUGUAUGUCAAUGCAGAACUGGAUAUACUGGAUUAGUAUGUCAAAAUACUGGCGUCCCUGAUCCUUGCAAGGAGAAUCCCUGUCAAAAUGAAGGGUAUUGUGUAGUUGAUGGUCACAGCUAUUGGUGCAGAUGUAAAACUGGUUAUACAGGAUCCACGUGUGAAGUCCCUCCUACCCAAUGCAGAACCCAGCCAUGUCAAAACGGAGGAACGUGCGUUACUAGACAAGACGGUAGCUACAGUUGUCGAUGUACGGAAGAAUACUUUGGACGGACAUGUACUGAACGAAAUCCAUGUUUUUCAAAUCCAUGUAAAAAUAGUGGACAUUGUGCAAUUCGAGGCAGCGACCCCUUCUGUGAAUGUAUUCCACAGUGGACAGGACCAUUUUGUGAAACUCCGAACACGACACCUAAUAGUUGUGAUACUAAUCCAUGCCAAAAUGAAGGAAGGUGCAGCUUAACUGCAAGUGGAUAUGUGUGUACAUGUCCUCCGACACAUACAGGCAACCAGUGUCAAUUUCCAGUGUCGCCAUCUAAUGCUUGCAAUUCUAAUCCAUGCCAAAAUCAAGGAACAUGCAGAAUAACUACAGCUGGAUAUGCGUGCACAUGUACUUCUUCAUAUACAGGCAACCAGUGUCAAAUUCCCGUUAAUCCAUGUGUUCCAAGUAGAUGUAGGAAUGGGGCGUUAUGUCAACCUACAGGAGGUGCGACUUUUCGUUGUACCUGUACAGCUGGUUGGAUAGGCCAACUGUGUGAUAGACCAGAUAGAUGUUUAACAAAUCCAUGUGCUAAUAGUGGAGUAUGUACCAAUACUGCAACCGGAUUUUCGUGUGCUUGUACUGGCCAGUGGACGGGACCUACAUGCUCAACUGCAUCAACUGAUGUUUGUGCAACGGAUUAUUGUAUGAAUGGUGGGCACUGUAAUAUCCAAGAUGAUUUCACACGCAGAUGUAAUUGUAUAACAGGGUGGACCGGCAUCAGAUGUCAAACGGCAACGGCAGACAACCCCUGUAUUAACAACCCAUGUGGACCUGGCGGUACUUGCAGACAGGAAACCGACGGGUUUAGUUGUACCUGUCCUAGUGGAAGAACUGGGGAUAGAUGUCAAUAUGUAGCAAGUCUCUGUAACCCAGGUCCUUGUCAAAACGGAGCCACAUGUACUGUUUUUUUAUCAAUUGAGUUCUGUCGCUGUCAAGAUGGUUGGAGGGGAUCACGUUGUGAACGUGUCGAUCCAUGCUCACCAUUCCCGUGUUCUUCUUCUCAAGCAUGCCAAGUUGUUAAUGGUCGAGCAGAUUGUGUAGAUCAAUAGAAACAUACAGAUCAAACCUUGUAAGGCUUUCGACGAAGAUAUUAACCAGCUAAACUAUGAAGAACUGUUUUUUUAAUUUAUUAGCAUAUAUUAUUUACUUUUAAUUCUUCAAGUGACUUCAAUUCCUAAUGAACGUUAUAUUCUUAUGAUUUAGACACAACUUUUGCUCUCCAUGUUUGAUAAUAUAGAUGUUCGCUACUCGGUUCCAAAAUAACAAGCUAUCUUAAAUACCGUGAUAAAUUAUAUAGUAUCAAAAUAAAAGAUAUAAAACAAGUGUGUGCUUGUUUUUUAGAUAUAAUUCAGUGAAAAUAAUUCUCUCUAGAUUUUUCUUACAUUUGACAUAAGCACCUGUUUCAUUUUAUAAAAUAAGAAAAAAAUAACUAUGAUGUCAUAACAUUUUCAAAUAUGCAUGUAACAAUUAUAUGUAAGAAUACUAUCAAGAGAAAAGAAGAAGUCAGUGGGCAGAUUGUUUUUUAAUUAAACUACAUGCAAAAAACCAGAGAAUUCAGACUAUUUGGCAUUUUUCGAAAAACAAGUGUAGCGAACAUAUCAAGUUGUUAUACCUGCUCUACUUCCAAUAAAA